AUGGAAAAGAAGGGGUUGAUUAAAGAAGAUGGACUCUUAACACAUCCGCGCCUCGUCGUGCUCUUCGCGCUUGGCCUGGGCCUAAUCUUCAUGGACCCAUUCCAUUUGGGCCCGCUCGGCGGGGUCGACUACCGGCCCGUAAGGCACGACAUUACACCCUACAGCAAGGUCAUGGAUCACUGGCCGAGGGACAACCGGAGCCGGCUGAGACUCGGAAGGCUCGAGUUCGUCGACGAGGUUUUCGGGCCCGAGUCCAUAGAGUUCGACCUGGUGGGCCGAGGCCCGUACGCGGGGUUGGCCGACGGCCGCGUCGUCCGGUGGCUGGGGGAGAGUGUUGGGUGGGAAACAUUUGCAGUUGUUAAUCCAAACUGGACCGAGAAAAUGUGCGCUAACGGAGUCGACUCGACGACCCCGAAGCAACAUCCGAAGGAGAAGUGGUGUGGCCGACCGCUCGGCCUAAGGUUCAAUAGAGAGACCGGCGAACUCUACAUAGCCGACGCCUAUUACGGGCUCAUGGUUGUCGGUCCCGACGGCGGUGUUGCAACUUCUGUAGCUACUUACGCAGAAGGAAGUCCAAUCCUUUUCGCGAACGACUUGGAUGUUCAUCGUAACGGCUCGAUUUUUUUCACCGACACAAGCGCUCGAUAUAAUAGAAGGGAUCACUUCUAUAUAUUACUAGAAGGAGAGGCCACAGGAAGGUUACUAAGGUAUGAUCCUGUAACUAUGACUACUCAUGUUGUGCUAAGGGGAUUGGUUUUUCCUAAUGGAGUACAAAUUUCGAAGGAUCAGAGGUUUCUCCUCUUCACAGAGACCACCAACUGCAGGAUCAUGAGAUAUUGGCUAGAGGGCCAAAGGGCCGGAGAGCUCGAAAACUUCGCCAACUUGCCGGGUUUUCCCGACAACGUGCGGAUAAACGAGAAGGGCCAAUUCUGGGUUGCGAUCGACUGCUGUCGGACGCCGAUCCAAGAGGUGCUCUCGCGCAAUCCGUGGCUGAGGAGUGUAUACUUCAGGUUACCGUUAAAGAUAAACAUUCUGGCGAAGAUGAUCGGAGCGAGGAUGUACACCGUCGCAUCUCUCUUCGACGAGGAAGGGAAGAUCGUCGAGGUGCUCGAAGAUCGGCGAGGCGAGGUGAUGAAGCUGGUGAGUGAAGUUAGGGAGGUAGAUGGCAAGUUGUGGAUUGGAACAGUUGCUCAUAAUCACAUAGCUACUCUUCCUUACCCACUGGAUUAAGGUAAUAAGAACUUAUAUAUGUUUGGGCAUUUGAAUUGUAUGCACUAAUUUGUACUUCCCUAAUUUGUAGCUAAAGCUACACUAAUUUCUCCUUUGUAAACAUUUAA